AUGGGGAACAAGGCGAGCCGUUCGACGUCGGCGUCGCAGCUGGCACUGGAGGCGCUGCUGGCGCGGCCCAGCGCGCUGCAGCGCUCCAUGUUCUCGUUGCAUGCGACAGCGCACCAUGGCGUGCCCAGCAACGCGCGGGCGCUGGCCUUCUGCGGGCUGCAGGGCCUGCUGGCCGUCGGCACCGCCGCGGGGGCCGUCAAGCUCUACGGCGGCGAGGGGCUGGAGGUGCUGCUGGACGCGCCCGAGUCGGCCUCACACCUGGCCGUGGGCGUGAUGCACUUGCGCUUCACGGCCCGCCAGCGGCUGGUCGUGGGCUACACGGACAGCUCGCUGCGCGUGUUCGACCUGGCCGUAGCGGGCGGCCCGACGCUGCUAAGCUGUGUGCCCGAUAGCUGGACGUCCAGCGCCAUCACGAACCUCGAGACCAUCAGCUACGCCAACUUCCCCUUCUUCUUCGUGGCCACCGACGACGGGGACGUGCACGUGGUGCAGGAGGAGACGGGCCGCGUCAGCACGUACGUCAUCCGGCCGCAGGACCUGUCGGUGCCCAACGCUGAGGGCGUCACGGCCAUGGCCUCCCACCCGAGAGACAGCAACCUGCUGCUGCUUGCCUACGACACGUGCCCCGCCGUGCUGCUCUGGGACUUCGCCAAGCGCAAAGUGGUGCGCGAGUUCACGCUCUCGGGCAAGGCGCACAAGCUGUCGUCUCCGCAGUCAUCCCUGGCCCCAUCGGAGUCGUCGGCCGACAGUGGAGAACUCGUCUGCAACUCGCCGCAGUCGCUCUCGUGGCACGGGAGCGGCAAGAGGUUCGUGGCCGGGUACAAGCACGGCGGCUUCGCGGUCUUCCGCACGGAAAAGUCGCACGGCUUGUACCGCCACGUUACCGAGGCCACCCCGGGUGACCACGUUGCACCCGUGAAGCAGAUCAAGUGGGUGUGUGCCCCGCCGACUUCCAGACACGCUGCUCUGCCGGGGGCCAUUGUGUUUUCUGGCGGCCGCGCCGAUCCGAGUGAAUCCAAGUUGCUGACUGUGGUGCACCCGCCACCUGACGGCCGUAGCAGCGAUGACACGCUGACGGACCUGUUCAAGUCGGAAAAGCUGACGUGGCUUGUUGCGACGAUCGAGUCCGCCAACCAUGCGGAAAUCGCGGCAUUCGAGGCCGCGCAGGACCAGGUGGACUACUGCGCGAAGAUGGCGCCGCUAUCGCUGAUUGUGUUAUCUGGAAACCCUCUUGAUGGCUGCCUGCCGACGGUAAGCGUGCAAUGCCUGCCUUGCUUCGUGAAGCUAUGCGAUGGUGACAAGGAGGAAUGGGAGUGGCGAAUGGAGCGCCUUCCCGAACCGGCAAUUGUUCCUCCGCUGUUGCAACUUAGCCUGCUCAAGACAUUCGCUAUCGUGAAUCUUUCCCACUCGGAUAGCGCUCUCCAAGAUGAUUUGCUGUCAACGUGGAACCAAGCGAAAUACAACUCCGUAUUCCGCUUGUGUGAGAGCGGCGAUUUCGAGUGGCCCAUCAACGGCGGAAGCAUUCUCGAACCAAUGCUGAAGGGAUUUCUUGCAACAAGUGGGGCGCUGGAUAAUGGAAUUGCUCCGAACAGCAUGUUGCUGCUUACGGGCCAUGCCAAUGGAUGUGUGCUGUUUUGGGAAGCGCGGACUGCGGGUGAUCGAGCUAGUAAGGGUGCUAUCCGUCUUCUUCACGUCGUGGACACACCGCUACAAAUGUCGCCGCCUCCAGUCAACGCAGUGGUUACGUGCUUAUCCUUUUGCACUGACUCACGCACUCUAAUUGUUGGAUUCGCUUCCGGUGAAAUUGCUGUACUCGAGUUCGAUCAGCUGAAACAGCGAGAGCCACCUGUAGCUGACGCAAAUGUGAUCGGUGCCGAGAUAUCGGAGCAGGAGCAGAACCUCGAGCGCGGUGACGACUCAGGAGCGUUGAACGCGGAUCAAACAUUGCAAGGAACAGGUCAGAAGGAGGCCGUGGGGUUCCGUACGCUAUUCUCUCUUCAUGUGCACACCGAGCCAAUUUCAAAGUUGGCGCUAUCCUCUUCGUACGGAUACGUGGCUAUUGCGGAUGCAGCAGGCAUGGUGUCACUUGUCGAGUUGAAAACUCAGGUGUUCCAGCUCUUGGUCUGUGAUAUUGCUCCAGCCGCCGAUGAGCCAAUGUCGGUUGACUCGCUGCUUAUGAGUGAACUUGUACAGACGACAGAAAUUCCUGGUAGUGGGUCGUCACCUCCUUCGUCACAACUUGGAAGCAGCGGCAAACGUUCCCCAGGAAGACCAAGUACUACUGGUGCCGACGGGCCUCGUCACAAUGUGAUUCAGCACCGCGAAGUGAUCCCCGUGCUCUUCGUGGGACGUGGUAGCGGAAAAUUGGAAAUGUAUCACGUCCAGUCCGCCACCAAAAUGGGAGAAACGCUCGUGGAUCCAGAGAAAACUACGAGCCUGUCAUCGAUUAUCAUGGUAGACGGAGAUGGCAAGCGUAUCGAGAUCCCCGCGCGCAAGUGGGUCGAGGAACGCGGUGGCCAGAGUGGACUAGAUCCUGCCGAUACACAAGUUUCACCGAGCAUGAUCCAGCCAAAGCUCGCACAAGACGCAAAGACUGAUGCCAGCCAAUCAACCGAGCAAGUGGGCCCACCUAGUGUUGAUUUUGAGCUCACCCAGCAACUUGUUCUAGAGGCCACGAAAGUUGCUUCAUCGGCAGCUCAAAGUGGGGACCUGUCGACUUGGACACGGGGGAAUGCCAUCCAGGUCACCGUCCCGGUAGGAUCGCUUGGACUGCAUCUCUUCAUGGAGGUGGAUCAGCACGCUGUGGUGAAGGGAUUCGCGGAAGACAGCAGCACGGCUGCUUUGCUGUCAGGCAGCGGGGUUCGUGCUGGUCAUACGCUUACUGCAAUUAAUGGGGUAGAAGUCAUGGCGCUCAACCGAGAUGCCGUAUGCGGCGUACUUGAUCAGCUUCGGGAGCGCGCAAAGGUGCUCACUUUUGCCGAGGGCUUUGAUCCUAAUGAAGUCGGAGCCUCGGGCGGUCUAGUUGUUGACACGAAAGACAUAGCGGAGGUUGAACGCCCCCGAUUCUUAAUAUGCACAUGUGGCAAAGCAAUCCACGUGGUGCUGGCGACGGUCCCCCGAGCAGCGGAGAUGGCGAUGGGCCCGAAGGAAAUCCCAGCUCAGCCUCUUGCAAGUAUUGAACUGCACGGUGCUGUUCUUGUCACGUCAAUUGUCCGAGUGCCCGUUGGCGAAGGAGUCGAGAACUGCCUCGCCGUCAUCGACCAGAGCAACCGAGUGUACGUUCUCUCCUUGCUUUCCCUGAAGCCGAUCUGGGAGGCGGAGUGCAACAACUUUGGCUUCGGACUCGGCCGAAGUGGCCUGGUGGACGGCAUCUUGGCCGAUAUCUCGUACGGUGGGGAGCUCGUUGUGGCCAACGCGUUCGGCGAGAUGGAGCGUUUCUCGCUAUUUGCCGAGUCGACGGCGAUGGAGAGCGCGAUGCUCGAGCGCAUGUCUGUCAAGACCCGACUGCAUCUGUCUGAGCGCGUCGCCAUGUUCGACCAAGCGGCGUCUCCGUCAGCGGCGGACAGCGGCAAGAAGCGGGGCAUCGCGGCGGAUGCUGGCAAGAUGUUCAAGAAGCUGGUUCUCAGCGUCACCCAAGAGGCCACCGACUUGAACAAGGUGUUCCAGUUCUCAGCCGAGGAGGACGAGCGGAGGCGGCUAAUGGGAGAUCGAUCUCCAGCUAAAGAUGCUGCAGCUGCCGAGAGCGCCACCGCCAAGACGGAGACUGGGCUGAAUGCUACGAAGGACGCGCUCAUGCAGGCGCAGCAGCGGCUAGCGGAGCGCGGGGAAAAGCUGAACGAUCUGGGCCUCAAGACCGAGCAAAUGAAGAAGACGUCUGAGGACUUUUACCAGACGAUGAAAGCUUUCAACGAGAAGAACGCCAACAAAAAGUGGUAUGAAUUCUAA